CUUGCAUCGAUCCCCUUCUCACAAGGCUGUCCCACUUAACAUAAAAAUAUGACAGAUGUAAGGCGCCAAAUUGACAAUGAGCAAAGACUUCGUAGAUACCUUUGUUGUUCUAGCUCCCAAUCUUUAUGUAUUAUAGCCUCGUCGAUAUUCCGUAGCUUCGCAAUCCUCGCGUCGACGAAGCAGUAUUGCGCAGCCUGAGAAUGUUUCUGCUCGACCAGCUUCCAUUUCAACAUUCGGAUCGCUGUUCUCCCGCAGUAGCUCAUUAACACGAUUCGGAAAACGAGCGUCUGUUAUCGAUAAAUCCUCCAGAACACCUUUAUACGAUCAGGAUAACGUGCUUACUGAAGAAGAUAUCGAAGAUGGCCCUAUCCCAAAAUCGCCACGCUUACAAUCUGAAUAUUUCAAACGAUAUGAGCUCAUGACUGAAUUUGUUAAUCUACGGAAUCCGAACCACUGCCCCUUGGGCGUGUAUGUGAUGCCUUCCUCAGAUAAUCUUAAUGUAUGGUAUGGCGUGCUAUUCAUACACAAAGGUUAUUAUAAGUCUGGUGUGUUCAAAUUUCGGCUGUUGAUACCCGAGGAUUAUCCCAAUCAGGCGCCAUCCAUCUCUUUCCUGACAGACAUGUUCCAUCCACUUGUGGAUGUGAGUGGUAAUCUGUCAUUAACGCAGCAAUUUUCUUCCUGGCGACCCUACCAAGAUUAUAUCUUCCAUGUUCUGCAUUAUCUGAAGAAUAUAUUCAAACGAAGCGUGUUGGACGGUCUCAUGGACAAGCACUGUCUUAACAAAGAAGCCUAUCGAUUAUACCGCACAGACACAGCUAUAUUUGGCAAACUGGCCCAGCAAUGUGCUCAAUUAUCUAUCACAGAAUCCUAUUUAUUCGAUCAUUUCCCAGACAACAACAUGGUGCGGUUUUCACCUCUGAGUGAGGCCACAUUUGACUCAUUAAAAGCACAAAUAUUAAGCAGCACUUUGAUGCCUGUUGAUACCACGGCCGAAGAGCCAACCAUCGAGGAGCAACUUCGAGAUCGAUUCAACGAUUACAAAGCAGGUGUCACUAAACCAAGCCAGUAAAUAUUUGCUAUGUACAUUUUUUAUGCAACAAGGAAGGGAUGAAAGACAUAAUGACAGAAGAAUAUUUAAUCGGACUCGCUCUCCGGCACACCUUUGGACAUGCGCGUCACUAUUUUGUUUUUGGAAAGAUGAGGGAAAAGAUCACCCCACAUUGCUUUGCGUGCAUCGCGGUAGGGUACUUUGCCUUGCGACUUUGGAAUGACCAUGCGCUGGAUUUCGCCUAUUAUACAAUAAAAAAAGAAUGAGAAAAAUGACCAUCACGCAAAAAUCAUGCAAUCGUUACAUUUUUUCACUCAUUUUAACUUACCAUUGGCAGCAGAAAUAUCCAU